AAGUUAAUUGGUUAGGCAUUUUAAUCAUGUUUUGUUUAGUUUUAAAGGUCUGCAAAAUUAUAGAAUCUUAUGCUAAUGGGACAAUUUUAAUGUUUUGGUCGACUUCACGAUAUCGUAUCCUUCAAUUGACCUUGAAUAACUUUAAGAUAUAAAUAUGAAACUUUUAAUGGGUUACCUUAAUUAAAUGUACUAAAAAUGUUCAAUGGAAGAGUUAUCCCCGAGGUCAUGUUUACAUCUGUACGCGCAUGCUCAGUCUUCUUUUUACCCACUUAGCUUGAUAGACACGCUUUGUAUGCUACUUGUAAACCACUACGAAUGUGUAAUGUAAUUGCUUGAUUGGAUGCCAAUAGUUUGCUUUUCUGUUUCUUUAAAAACUAUUUUUUGGAAGAUGUUUUUAAAAGCGUGGAGGCGGUUUUCGCUCGGUUCCUCGUUUUGAGUUCCAUAGCUUGGACGGAGCUAAGCUAGGUUUGCAUUAUGUUGAGAGCAGCACCAGCAGUAGAAGGAGAACCCUGUGUGUUUCUCUUCGAGUCAGAUGGAGGUCAGUGGGUUUGUGAUUUCAGCAGGCAGGGCCGUGCUGGACAUGGUGGAGCGGGAAUGGCAGCCUCUGUCUGCGGAUGAGUUGGAUCAGCGACUGGACCAUGCGGUGGAGGAGAUCCUGGAAACUGAGCUCAUAACGCAGCUAAAAAGUCAGUCGACUUCCCCUCCAACUCCUCCCGCUGCUCCUGUUUAUGUUCACUUACUACAGAGUCAACACAAUGUGGAGCCGCAGGUUCUGCAAACAGCCGCAGCAGUCUGUGGUUCUCCAGUCCAUGAAGAGGAGACGGCGGAUAGUGGAAACAGUGCAGCCGUGAAGUGCAUUACAGAGUUGCUCCAAAGCUCUAAGUCACAGCGCAGACUCGCUGGUCGGGCUCGCCUGUCUCUGUCUCAGACCGUCCUCCUCUCUCUUACUCUGCUGUCUGAGCGUAUAAGCUACCGCACUGUAUCACGGCGCUUGCUCUUGGAAAAAGGAAAUAUCCACAGGAACUUCUUUUCUUUCUGUGAAUGCAUCAGCACACAAGCAGAGAGGAAGAUCACAUGGCCUGUGGGUGAUGAUGCUGCCCAUGCACUUUUCCCACUUGUUCAUCUGGAGAAGAGGACAGAGGCGGCAGAGCAAACUGUUCCCCAGGUUCUUGGAGUGUUGGGACAUACCCACAUCCCUAUGCGCUCGUCAUUAGGGAAACGUGACCUAGAGACAUCGGUCCCUGAAGUGAAAAGGAUUAAGAAGGAGGCUGAUCCAGACUCCUGGUUAAACCUUGAGCUUUUAUGUGACCACAGAGGUCGCUUCCUACACUGUACAGUCAGUAAAGGGUCAGACGUGGACAGAGGCAGUGCCCUAAGACACAAACUCCAACAGCAUCCUGAACUGAUGCCUCCUGGCUCAUGCAUCCUUGCCAAAACUGGCUACCCACUCACUGCUGACAUCAUAACUCCUUAUAGAAAAAGUCUUGGACCAAGAGAAGAGCUCUUUAACAAGAUACUGGAGGAGCAUUUUCUCAUCCUAGGUCAAGCUGUUUCCAGUCUAAAAGCCAGGUUCCAAAGACUCAAGUAUUUGGAUAUUGGGAACUAUGAUCGAGCCAGAGCUGUAGUGCUGACCGCCUGUGUACUGCACAAUGUGUUUUUGGACAUGGGACAGGUGGUUCAAGUAGAAGUAGAAAAAGAAGAUGACCUUAACCACAAGGGAGAUUAUGAGGAAGAGGAGGGCAUAAACAAACGUGAUGCUAUCUCAGAUAGGUUGAUUAAAAGUUUUGAAUUGUCUAGCAUGUAACGUUAUAAUUUAUGCUAUAAUGUGUUUAUUAAAACCUUUGUCACAAGUCACUGUCUUGAAUCUUGGAUCACAUUUCCAGACAGCCAGGACUUUUUAGGGACUUUUGCGAAUAAAUGUCCCUUACAUUAUUUUUUUCUGAGAAACCCUCUGC